AUGGUUCGGCUGCCAUUUAACAAUAAUGUAAACAAACUUGGUGCUUCAUACCCUUCAGCCUUGCGGCGUUUUCAAUCACUUGAGAAACGUUUGGUGCAAGAUAAAGAAAUUCGAAAUGAGUACACUGCCUUUUUGCAAGAAUAUCUAGAUUUGGGUUACAUGUCGCUUGCAACCAAGUCAAAUGUUGUGGACUCGGACUUUUAUCUUCCUCACCACGCUAUAGUUAAAAAAGACAGCCUGACUACCAAUAGUCGGGUCGUCUUUGACGGUUUUGCUAAAACUACUAGCAGAAUAUCCCUAAAUGACGCUCUCAUGGUCGGCCCUAAGCUGCAGGACGACUUAUUUAUUUUGCUUAUUAGAUAUCGGUCUCAUACUAUUGUUCUUACUGCAGAUAUAGAGAAAAUGUACCGUCAAAUUCGGGUACAUCCUGACGAUACCAAAUAUCAAAAAAUAUUAUUUCGAGGCAAUUCUUCUAAACCUAUUUCUACGUAA